AUGAUACUGCUUCUUCUGCAGCUCCAGUUUUGUUUGUCCAUAGCAGCAGCAGCUUGCAUCCAAAAGGAGCGUGAAGCUCUUCUUCAAUUCAAGAAUAGUUUCUAUAAAGAUCCUUCUCAUCGCUUGGCUUCGUGGAAUAAUGGAACUGAUUGCUGUAAUUGGAAAGGAGUGGGUUGCAAUCAAAUUACUGGACAUGUUACUAUCAUUGAUCUUCGAUUGGAUAUUGAUCAGGUCGGCUUCCGCAUAGCACCUUUAUAUAGCAAUAAUUCCAUUCAUUCUAGUUUUCUUGAGUUGAAAUACUUAAAUUAUUUGGAUUUGAGUGGGAACGACUUCAACUAUACUCAAAUCCCCAACUUUUUAGGUUCGAUGGUUGAAUUAACAUAUCUUAAUCUUUCUCGUACAUUCUUUUCGAACAAAAUUUCUCCUCAUUUAGGAAAUCUUACUAAAUUGGAGACUCUUGAUAUAUCAUUUAAUUUGCUAGAAACUAAUGGUGAUGUUGAAUGGAUACCUCAUCUUUCAUCCUUAAAGUUCCUUUCCUUGAGAGGGAUGGACUUUUCCAACACUUCAAGUUUGAUGCAAGUCCUAAAUUAUCUUCCUUUGUUGGUGUCUUUGAGAUUGAAUUAUUGUAACCUUCAAAACAUCCAUUUCUCUUCAAGUUCUUGGUUGAAUUAUUCAUCAUUUCUUUCUAGAAUUCAACUUCUAGACUUAUCUUCCAAUAAGUUAAAUGGUCAAAUUCCUAAGGCUUUUCAGAAUAUGACUUCUUUGAAAUAUCUAGACCUUUCAAAUAAUCAGUUCAAUUCUAUUUUUGAAGGUGGAAUUUCUACCUUCAUUAAAAAUAAUUUUGGCCUAAAAGUACUUGAUUUAUCGUUUAACAUUAAUCUUGGUGGAGAUGUGUUUGGAAGUCGUUAUGGGAAUCAAUCUACGGGUUGCAAUCUUCAAGUGCUUAACUUAGGAUAUACAUCUUUUAAAACCAAAAUUCCUGAUUGGUUGGGGAAGUUCAAAAACAUGAAGUCACUUGAUCUUGAAGAUAGUCAGAUUUAUGGUCCAAUUCCGGCUUCACUUGGAAAUUUAUCAAGCCUUGAAUAUUUAGAUCUAUCGAGGAAUGCUUUAACUGGAACAAUUCCAACCGCAUUUGGAAGAUUAUUGAACUUGAGAAAAUUAUAUCUACAAGAAAAUGGACUAAUGGAGGUGGGCCACGAAUGUUUUGCCCAACUUGAGAAGUUGGAGGAAUUAGACAUAUCAAGAAACUUGCUCAAAGGCAUUCUUACAGAAUUUCAUUUUGCCAAUCUCUAUCAGUUGCAUAUCUUAAGUAUUGGCUACAAUGAGCUUCUUCAAUUGGACAUGAAAUCUAAUUGGAAUCCUCCCUUUCAAUUACAAGUCUUUGAUGCUUCAUCAUGUAUCGGUUGUGUUAGGAGUGAGUUUCCUCAAUGGCUUCAGACCCAAAAAAGAUUGGUUGAAUUAUGGUUAUCCAACACAAGUCUCUCAAUUAGUUGCAUACCAACAUGGUUUCAACCACAGAAUCUCACCGAUUUGGAUCUCUCGCACAACAAAAUGGCAGGACCAUUUUUUACUACCAUUGUCAAUCAAAUGCCCAAUUUGAGACGGUUGUUUCUCAAUGAUAAUCUUAUCAAUGAUUCUUUAUUAUCUCCACUCUGUCAAUUGAAGAAUUUGGACACUUUGGAUCUUUCAAACAAUUGGCUAUCUGGAAUCGUUCAAGGUUGUUUGUUGACUUCAAAUUUGUUUGCUUUGGAUUUAUCAUCUAACAACUUUUCAGGGACCUUUCCUUAUUCACAUGGAAAUGAUCUUUCUCGUAUUGAAGUACUAUAUUUGAGAAACAAUAAUUUUGAGGGAUCCAUGCCAAUUAUAUUGAAAAAAUCCAAAUUUUUGGAAACUUUAGAUCUUAAGGGAAACAAAUUCUCUGGAAACAUACCCACAUGGAUAGGGGAUAAACUUGAACGUUUGAAAAUUCUAAUACUGCGAAGUAAUUUGUUCAAUGGUACUAUUCCUUCAAGCAUAUGCAAUCUUACUGACUUGCAAAUUUUGGAUCUAGCGCACAACCAAUUUGAUGGAAUUGUCCCGUCAAAGCUCAGUAAUUUCAACGUAAUGACAAGAAAAGAUACUGAUGGAUUCCCUGCUAUUUGUAGGAAUGGUAAUCUCGACCAUGGAGUAGUAUGCAUUGAUGGUGGAAAAUAUAUGGUACAAUCAAUCAAAUCAAGUUAUUUCAAUUACUCCAUGAUACGUUUAACGUUAAUGGUGAGUAUAGAUCUAUCCAAUAACUCUCUAGUAGGUUUCAUACCAAGUGAGAUAACAAAGCUUAAAAGGUUGAUUGGAUUGAAUUUGUCCCACAACAAUAUUAUCGGGAUAGUUCCUGCUGAAAUUGGAGAAAUGGAGUCAUUAGAAUCACUUGACCUAUCUUUCAAUCAGCUUUCUGGGCCAAUUCCUCUUAGCUUAUCAAAAUUAAAUUCAUUAGGCACGUUGAAGUUGUCCCACAACAAUUUCUCAGGCAACAUUCCUCGAGAGGGUCAUCUCUCCACAUUCAAUGAAGCUUCAAGUUUUGACAAUAAUUCAUAUCUUUGUGGGGAUCCACUUCCAAUAAAAUGUGUGAUUGAAAAUUCAUCUGAACUGCCGUUCAAUAAAAUUGACAACCAAGACCAAGACGAAGAUAAAUGGGAGAAGUGGUUGCUUUACAUUUCGAUAAUUGUUGGAUUUAUAGUUGGAUUUUGGGGAGCAGUUGGAAGUUUAAUAUUGAAGAAGAGUUGGAGAUAUGCUUAUUUCAAGUAUGGAGAGGAGGCUUAUUUCAAGGUUCAUGCAACAAUCUGGAGGAGCAUAGAAAUGCUUAAAGGAAUGUGCAUUAGCAAACGAAUUUGGUAA